AAGUUACUAGAUUAUGCUCAUCCAGUCAUCCUACGCCUUAACUUUGGCUUCAAUGGCGAUUGGAAUAAGUGGUCUUACUCUUGCCUCUUUGUGUACGCAAAUCUCUGCGACAAAAAACAAAACCCAGAUCAGUAAGAGAGUCAGACCUCCCAUCUUCAUCUCCACGAACCCAUCUCAUGUUAAUCUCCAUGAUCUCAGUGACCUCUUCAACUCCUCCAACUUCUCAUGCCAUAGAUUCCCAAGCCUUGAUCCGGAUGGACGGGUCGAACCGACCGAUAUAGACAAGCUUCGUAUCGCUCUAUCUCACAGUUCCGUUCUCGUUUCAGUUUUCUGUAAGCCCCAAUUCACUUCUGAGGAUGGCCCGAAAGACGAAGUGACCUCAAGGAAAUCUGGGUUUGUGUUUGGAGAACUAUUCGAGAGAGCAGUUCCAGUAACGGAAUCGAACGGGCAGUUGGUUGGUUUUGGCCGAGCAGUUUCAGAUUGUGGAUUGACUGCUUCAAUCUACGAUGUCGUGGUUAACCCUUCCCUACAGGGAGUUGGAAUUGGUCGGAUGAUUGUUAGAAGGCUUGUAAGGGUACUUACGAGUAGAGGCAUUUACGACAUAGUGGCCCUCUGCUCUGAAAAACAGAGAUUGUUUUUUAAAGCCUGCGGAUUCGGAGAUGACAUUCUGGGAUCCACCACAAUGAUGUAUACCAGGACUACAUCAAGUAACAGUGCUAAUCAGAUGGUUAAAGGAGCUGGUCGACUGCUGUUAUUAGUUCCACCACCAAGAGAGCCCUUCUCAUCAUCUUAAGGACUUUUCCUACUGAUU